AUGGCUGCUCCUCAUGUUCUCCUGGUUGCUGAGUCUUGUGUUGAUCGCCUUGUUGCAUCAAGAGUCCUGGAGACUUGUAACAUUCGAGUGACUGCCAUGGAAGGUCCAAAGCAAGCGUUGAAGUUCUUGGAAAUGGAACAUGAUGUGCAGUUGAUUCUGACAGAUUACUGUAUGCUUGAUAUGACUGGUUAUGAUCUUCUGGUUGAGGUGAAGAAAUCGCCCAAGAUUAAUCAUAUCCCUGUGGUGGUUACAUGCACCGAGGAUGUCCCUGAACGAAUAAAAAAGGAAGUAGGAAAAUUGUGCCUUGAUGGAGGUGCGAAGGACUAUAUCAUCAAGCCUAUCAAAGUUGCUAAUGUGCCUCACCUUCUGAGCUACAUUUGA